AUUCCCAGGUUCCUGCCGAUGCCGUGCCGCGCGCCCUCACGCCACCAUUCCUGCUCGCCACCUUUGUAAUUGCUUAGAGCAACGUGCAUGUGCUUGGGUAACCUUGAGACGUCAAACAUCUGAUUUAUCAGCAGAAACAAUAACGACGAGGCCACGCACAAUUAAUGUGAUGUAAACUGGUCUUGGCAACCGGACGACACCCGGCUGGGCCGCUUCCGACUGGCUGUGGGGCGGCCGGUGGGAGGAGCCUCGCUGCCUCGGCCCAUAAAUACCGGAGCAUCCGACGAGUCGACACAAUUUUCCCUACACUCUGUGAGAGGACAGAACCCUCUGAUUUCCUUGUUGUGUUACUCAAGCCGAGUGAAUGAAGAUGCGGGCUCAGCGCUGUGUAUCCCCCGUUCAGGCCGUCAUGGGGGUGAUGGACGGCAAAGUGCACAAGGCGCCACCCAAGACCGAGGGCGCCGAGGUGCUCAUGUAUAUGGAGCGGCUGCAACAUCUGGUGCCAUUCUGCCCCAAAGAUCGACCUGUCACCAAGCUGGAGCUGAUUCAGUCUGUCAUCGACUACAUCUACGAUUUGGAGGACGCCCUCAGCUCCUGUGGGGAGGACUCGUCCUCCGAGGAGGAGAUGGAGUGUGUGGAGAGUUCCUGAGAAGGGACGUGGAGUUCGUCGCCUAAGGUCGCCAUGGGUCGAAAGGCGACGACGACGCGUCCAGAGACAGUCAGGGCGCCAGGGUAGUGAGGAACUGCUGACGGAGGGAUGUGACCAAGACGCUGACAUGAGGCGUUACCUCUAGAGCGUCCCCUGAUAGGUGACCUGACCCCGCUCACCUCCCAUCACUGCCCCACACCGUCCACAACUCCCACCAGCCCUAUAGGCAGCGUGAGCAUGAAGCUUCAACGCAGAGGACCAGCUGGCAUACAGAAGUUCGGUUAUGGCUCCUCGUGUUUCGUGUUAGUUCACAACUCUACGGCCGACCCGCGCCAUUUCUGGCUCGUGGUGGACGCGUAGCCACGUGUUCUUAGGAUCGCGGCCCUGGCAGCACGGACACAUCAGCCUCGGGGCAUCAGGGAGCUACAGCCUUGGGUGUGGGCAUCGUUGGGGAGGGGCGGGGCGCAGCGUCCCCUGCAGUUCUCCGCCACCGUAGCACCGCCCUUUGCAGUCUCGUGACUUCGAGACUUAUGUUUUUACACAUAAAGUAUACGUGUUUUCUAUGAAAAUAAAUAUCUUUUGCAUA